UAGGUCAGCCUGUGAGUAGGCCAAAUUUGGGUCGCGUAUUCCUUUUCGUGAAGACCGGGACCUAGCCAGGCGAAGGGGAACACAAAGUACCGCUAUGUCGCAUCCACCUCCCGGUUAUCCAGGAGGUCCUCCUCCUCCUGGGUAUCCACCUCCCGCGGGUUACGGCUACCCACCCCCCCAGCCAGGCUACCCACCCCAACCAGGCUACCCGCCCCAGCCAGGCUACCCUCCCCAGCCUGGAUAUCCCCCUCACCCGGGCUACCCACCACCAGGCUACCCCCCUGCCCCCGGCGGGUACCCAACCCACCCCGCGGGCUACCCGCCGGCCCCGGGAGCCUACCCGCCGCCUCAUGGCGCCUACCCCCCGGCAGCCUAUCCGGCCCCACACGGAUACCACGGUGGCUACCCUGCUCACCCGCCACCUAUGGCGGUCCACGGUGCCGUGUACGGCCACCACAUGAAGCACAAGGGCCACAAGUUCAAGGGCGGUAAGGGAUAUGGCUACUAUGGCAAGCACAAGAAGCACAAGGGUUUUGGAAAGUUUGGAAAGUUUAAGUGGUAAGCUCCCCAUCAGGGGCAGGGAGCAGGUUGUGUGGUUUGGCUCUUGAAGAAAGCUUGGGGGCAUUGGGUGACGGAUUGGAUUGGUAUGUGCGCGUGUGUGUGCAUAGGUGUAUGUGUAUGUGUGUGUGUGUGGAGUUAUGAACGGCAUG